AUGGUACAGAAAAGUAGUAUGUCCAGGACGCCUUCCACCUCUACCCAGGAAAUCCAAAUGGACAUGUUCGACCACCAUGGCUCUCACGCGCAGGGGAAGUAUGCAAAGAGGAAGAGCCAUUUUAAGCGUUCAGAUGGAAGCACUUCUUCAGACACAACCUCCAACAGCUUCGUCAGGCAGGGCUCGGCAGAUUCAUACACCAGUCGUCCGUCAGAUUCGGACGUGUCUCUGGAGGAGGACCCAGAGGCUCUGAGGAAGGAGGCCGACAGGCAGGCGCUGGCUACGCUAGAGAAAGCCAAGACUAAGCCCGUAGCCUUUGCUGUGAGGACAAACGUCGGGUACAACCCAGGCCCCAACGACGAUGUUCCUGUCCAGGGAAUGGCCAUUUCAUUCGAAGCCAAAGAUUUCCUCCACAUCAAAGAGAAAUACAAUAAUGACUGGUGGAUAGGUCGUUUGGUGAAGGAGGGGUGUGAAGUGGGUUUUAUCCCCAGUCCAGUGAAACUGGAGAGCACUCGUCAGCUCCAGGAGCAGAGGAUGAGACAGAACCGCCUCAGCUCCAGUAAGUCUGGUGGAAGCUCCAGUUUGGACGUUGCCACGGGAACCCGGCGGCCCACACCACCUGGGACAGGCGGCCCGGCCAAACAGAAACAGAAGUCGAUGGAACAUGUUCCACCCUAUGACGUGGUGCCUUCCAUGAGACCCAUCAUUCUGGUUGGGCCGUCACUCAAGGGCUACGAGGUGACCGACAUGAUGCAGAAGGCACUCUUUGACUUUCUGAAACACAAGUUUGAGGGCAGAAUAUCCAUCACCCGAGUGACGGCGGACAUCUCACUGGCCAAGCGCUCCGUGCUCAACAACCCCAGCAAACACACCAUCAUCGAACGCUCUAGCACUAGAUCCAGUCUGGCUGAGGUGCAGAGUGAAAUAGAGAGGAUUUUUGAGCUGGCACGGACACUGCAGUUGGUGGCUCUGGACGCUGACACCAUUAACCACCCGUCUCAGCUCGCCAAGACCUCACUGGCCCCCAUCAUCGUUUACAUCAAAAUCGCCUCUCCCAAGGUUUUGCAGAGGCUGAUAAAGUCCCGGGGUAAAUCUCAGGCUAAACAUCUCAACGUCCAAAUGGUUGCAGCAGAUAAACUGGCGCAGUGUCCUCCUGAGCUCUUUGACAUUAUCCUGGAUGAGAAUCAGUUGGAAGAUGCCUGUGAGCAUUUGGCGGACUAUUUGGAGGCGUACUGGAAGGCCACUCACCCCCCCAGCAGCAACCCCCCCAACCCGCUGCUCAACCGCACCAUGGCAACGGCCGCGCUGGCCGCCUCGCCCGAGCCCGUCUCCAACCUACAGGGGCCAUUCCUGGUGCAUGGAGACCAGAAAAGGGAGGUGCCUGUUGCCGAGCGUGGCAGUCUCCAUGACUACCAUAGCGACAUGGCUAGCAAACAGCCGCUGCGCUCCUCACGCAGCCAGCUGCAUGCCGGGGGGCGGGGCCUGUCCCGCCAGGACACGUUUGAUUCGGAGACGCAAGGCAGCCGUGACUCCGCCUACACCGAUGACAUGGAGACCGACCCGUACGAGGAGCCAGAUCCGUGCCGUUCCCGUUUAAAUCCCGCCCACCACGCGCCUCGCCAGGCAUCGUGGGAAGACGAGGGGGCAGAGCCUGACCAGGAGAACCUGAACAUGGCCCCGCCUCCCUCCAGUCAUCAUCAGCGUGGGCGGAGCAAGCUGAGGGAGCGUUAUUGUCAGGAGACGGAGGUGGGAGGGUCCGCCCUGGGCCGGAACCAAAACCAGGAAGAAUGGAGCAGAGACGUGUACAUCCGCUAG